AUGUCGCUACCGUCCCCAUCAUGGAGUAAUCCUCUGAUGUCGUCUACAGAACAGUUUGUUCCUCUCCCACGUCGGAUGAGGUUCAUCGACAGCAGUGAGGAUGAGGCAGACAACGACUCUCGAUGCGGACUCGUAAUCGGAAUGGAGAAACAGUACCCCACAGCUAAAUUUAGCAAUAGACGUCGCGCCCGACUGGCGCCAUCGCUGGCGCCAAUUCGGGAGCCGCUUCGAGAGUCAUUCUGCGAUUACACACCUCCCAACAGGGCGGCAUCGAUGGAUUCAGUUGCGCCGGCAACAGCUGCUUUGGAGGCUCCGAAGCCACUUUCCAAAAGGCUGUCAUCAGCAUCGCUAAUGAUGAUGUCAGAAAAUGAGUUUAAAGUUAUGGCUGCCGGCAAGCUCAUUGAGGCAAUGGAAAAUCUGAAAAAAGCAGAGUCGAUGCCAUUCAGAGGCUCCACCGAGUCCCUGCCGCCUUCAUCUCCACGUAGGUUGUCCAACGGGAAAUCGUCAUUCGACAUUCUCAGUUAUAUACUGGGCAGAAGAACUUCGGAGAGAUCCCUGAACAAUCUGGUUUCUCCGCCUAUUUUGAUUUCUUCCACCUGUGCAGCUGUAUCUCUUCAGGAACUUCCGAGUCUUAAUGGUGAACGAAAAAGGGACAAUAUGCAGACGAGAGAUAUCAUGAAGGAGAUGUUGCAAAGGCCAGGUCCUUAUCCACAAAUUGUUCUUCCGCCAACUGGAUUCUGGAUGGACGGAGUUAGUCAGAACAAUAUCUACCUCGAUCAGGAAAUAAUGGGAGUGAACACCAACAGUUGCGUGAGGUUCAAACUCGAGACAGAUGAAACCAGUCACUGCUAUCGACGACACUUCUACGGAAGAGAACAUCAUGACUUUAUCGCAAUGGACCCCGCUGUCGGACCACUAGUCCUUUCUGUUAGAACCGAAGUGAUCUCCUCACAAGACCAUUUUAGAAUUAUGCUUCGCACAAAAAAAGGAACUACCCACAAAAUAAUUUCAGCAACUACACUCGCAGAUCGCCCGUCCGCGUCCCGAAUGGCUCGUCUGCUUUGCGAGGAAAUUACCACGGAGCAGUUCACGCCCGUUGCCUUUCCGGGCGGCUCGGAGCUGAUUGUUCAAUAUGAUGAACACGUGUUGACCAAUACUUACAAGUUUGGGGUGAUCUACCAGAGAGGUGGUCAGAUUAGCGAGGAAGAACUGUUUGGUAAUGCCAGAGGUGGUCCCUCAUUCCAAGAAUUCCUAAGCGUCCUAGGCGACACGGUGGAAUUGCAAGGUUUCUCAGGCUAUCGUGGCGGACUUGACACCGUUCACGGCCAGACUGGUCUACAAGCUGUGUAUACAGAAUUUCGCGGCCGUGAAGCGAUGUUCCAUGUCUCGACAAUGCUACCGUAUACGUUGGGAGACCAUCAGCAAUUGCAACGAAAGCGACACAUUGGCAAUGACAUAGUCGCUAUCAUUUUCCAAGAGCAAAACACGCCGUUUGCUCCGGAUAUGAUUGCGAGCAACUUCCUACACGCCUAUAUUGUCGUCCAACCCAUCGAUGCACUCACCGACAAAGUUCGAUAUCGGGUAUCUGUUGCUGCUAGAGACGACGUACCAUUUUUUGGUCCAACGCUCCCAGCUCCAUCCAUUUUCAAAAAAGGACAGGAUUUCAGAAAUUUCUUGCUUACGAAGUUGAUUAAUGCGGAGAAUGCUGCAUACAAAAGUGCUAAAUUCGCUAAACUAGCGGAGAGAACUAGAUCGUCAUUACUGGAUAGCUUAUUUAUGAAUCUAAAAGGUCGCGCAGAGUUCUAUGGUUCUCCACUUUUGGAGACUACCGAGUCCACUGGUGGAUUAUUCAGUUCUGUAAAGAAAGCAUUGAUAGGCAGGUCAAGAUCUGUUUCCCAAGAAACCACAACUCCAGCUCGGGCUGUAUCGAUGUCAACGCCAAGCCGAACGUUUACCGUACCGAAACGUACGGCGAACUCGGAACGUGACAAAAGUUCAAGCUCGAGCGGAACCAGUUCGCUCAGGCGAGACAGUCCCAUCCGAGAUGACCGAAGUGACUCACAAGCAGACGACGACACGCUCCCAGCAACAGUAUCUCCGAGCCGUGGUGUACAAAGAAGAAUCAUAAAUCGACAUUUGAGCGCAAAGCAUUCGUACCAUUCACAGCCAAGGAUGGAGUGGGAGUUGUCAUCAGUGGACAACGAUUCUCCUGAGAACGAAAUUGAUUCCGACACCGGAAUGGAGUCAAUGUCAUCUACAGACCAACCGUCGACAAGGCUUUCAUGCACCUUCUGUGCAGACGACUGUCAUUCCGUAGAUGCAAAGAAAUUGGAGUCACUAAUGAUGGAUAUUGAUCGACUGAGUGGAGAGAAGUCCGACUUACUCCGACAGAACGUCUCCUGCAAAACCGAUAUCAAAAAACUCAAGGAGAGGCAAAGUUGUCUAUCCGAUGAACUGGAACGGGCAAAUGAAGAGAUAGCUAGGCUUCGUCGCAUGAUUAAGCGACCAUCUCAGGAAGCAGCCGCCACCGUUCACCAAUCAACCCACGAAAGAUCAUACAGCGAUGUGUCCGUUUGA